GGCGGAAGUGCUUCCGGCGGAAGUAGCCGCUGCGCGAAUCGUGGGUAGGAUGUUUGCGGGCCGGCUCCUUCUAAGGCUGCAGCGAGCACCCACCAGUUCCAUGGCCCAGAGCCCACUCGAGGGUGUGUCCCCUUCCAGGGGUUUGCACGCGGGGCGCGGGCCCCGAAGAAUCUCCAUCGAAGGAAACAUUGCUGUGGGAAAGUCCACCUUUGUGAAGUUACUCACGAAAACUCACCCAGAGUGGCAAAUAGCUACAGAACCUGUGGCAACAUGGCAGAAUGUCCAGGCUGCUGGCACCCAGAAAGUCUGUGCCACCCAAAAUCUUGGAAACUUGCUGAAUAUGAUGUACCGGGAGCCAGCACGGUGGUCCUAUACUUUCCAGACAUUUUCUUUCAUGAGCCGCCUGAAAGCACAGCUGGAGUCCUUCCCUGCGAAACUCUUACAGGCCAGGGAGGCAGUCCAGGUCUUUGAGAGGUCUGUGUACAGUGACAGGUAUAUCUUUGCAAAGAAUCUUUUUGAAAAUGGUUCCCUCAGUGACAUCGAGUGGCAUAUCUAUCAGGACUGGCAUUCUUUUCUCCUGCAGAAGUUUGCCAGCCAGCUCAAAUUACAUGGCUUCAUCUACCUCCAGGCUACUCCCCAGGUUUGUUUGAAGAGACUACACCAGAGGGCAAGGGAGGAGGAGAAAGGAAUUGAGCUGGUGUAUCUUGAGCAGCUCCACAGUCAACAUGAAGCCUGGCUUAUUCACAAGACAACCAAGCUCCACUUUGAGGCUCUGCUGAACAUUCCAGUGCUGGUGUUGGAUGUCAAUAAUGAUUUUUCUGAGGAAGUAACCAAGCAGGAAGAACUCAUGAACAAGGUGGGGAGGACCUUAGCUUCAGCUUUCUGGUAAAUACCUUUGUAAAGAAUCUGUAACCAAUACUGAGAUGUUCUGGCUAUGAUCUGGGCUCUCUGACUUUUUGAAGCUAGUGAAAUACGGAGUCACAAAGCUUUCCAUCACCUUUUACCCCUAGAGUGCUCUGACACUCAAGUGUAUGGUUUGUUGUUAGCCUUACACUUUGCCAUUGUCUUCUUUUGUACCUCAGUGACUUCUAAGAUAAAGUUUAAGUUUUUCUAA